AGCCUAACAUAGACCAAAAAAUACUUCUACAACAAAUGCCAGCUAUUAUAAUUUGUAAUGUGUCUAAACUGGAAGAUUUGCCUGUUAGCAACUUUACAUUCGAGUAUUUAUUUUCUACCCGGUCUAUACAAUGCAAUUUUCAAGCAACUAAAACAAACAAAACUAUAUAUGCUGAGUUGUUUGGAUUAUCAAAAAAAGUUAUUGAUUCAGCUAUUCAAGCAAAUGCAUCUCAGAAAUUAUUUAAUACCUUAAAGUCACUACUCUAUGACAUGCAAAAUCAGAUCAAUAAAAAUCAAUCAAUUGAUUAUAGUCAUACUAAUACUAUUAAUAACCCAACCAUUGUUAAACAUAAAGGCUGA